UGACGCGCUGUCUCUUUAUACUUUUACAUUAUUGAUAAACCAAAUCAAAUUCAUUGAUCAAAUAAAUUGGAUAUUUGUUUUAAUAGAAUUAAACUUUCUAAGCUCGGAUUACCUCAAUAACUCUUUACAGUUGGUUAAUAGUUAUUGUUAUCGAUCUGGCUAUCUGUUAGCAGAGAGUGCUAGCUGUGGUUAGCAUUGCCAGGCUGAGAAUGCCGACGCUGCGGGAGAGCAGUGCGCCCCACCCGGGGGAAAAUCCCCACCAGGUCCGCGUCAAAGCCUACUACCGCGGGGAUAUAAUGAUCACACACUUUGAACCUUCAAUAUCGUACGAGUGCUUGUAUGGGGAGGUGAAAGACAUGUGCUCACUCGAGAACGACCAGCUUUUCACCAUGAAGUGGAUUGACGAGGAAGGAGACCCGUGUACAGUAUCAUCUCAGUUAGAACUUGAAGAAGCUCUGCGUCUGUAUGAACUGAAUAAAGACUCGGAGCUCAUCAUUCACGUGUUUCCAUGUGUACCGGAGAAACCGGGCAUGCCGUGUCCAGGAGAGGACAAGUCGAUAUAUCGUCGUGGAGCUCGCCGCUGGAGGAAACUUUACUACGCUAGUGGACACGCCUUUCAGGCUAAACGCUUUAACAGGCGUGCACACUGUGCUAUCUGUACGGACCGGAUUUGGGGUUUGGGUCGACAGGGCUACAAGUGUAUCAGCUGUAAACUGCUAGUUCAUAAGAAAUGCCACAAACUGGUGACUGUCGAGUGUGGACGUCAAAUACAGGAACCAGUGUUGGAGAGAAUGGAUCAGGUAUCUCACCCAUCUGACCAUCCAGAACCAGCUUUUGCUCAUAAGAACUCCUCUGAGAGCAUCAAUCACAUCGGAGAGGAGCACGAGGCGCUGAGCAGCAGGGAUGCGGGUAAAGCUCCCUCCAGUUUGGGUUUGGCUGAUUUUGACCUGCUGAGGGUGAUUGGCAGAGGAAGCUACGCUAAAGUCCUGCUGGUGCGAUUAAAGAGGACCGAGCGAAUUUAUGCCAUGAAGGUCGUCAAAAAAGAGCUGGUUAAUGAUGACGAGGAUAUAGACUGGGUGCAGACAGAGAAACAUGUGUUUGAACAGGCCUCCAAUCACCCAUUCCUGGUGGGACUUCAUUCCUGCUUCCAAACAGAGAGCAGGUUAUUCUUUGUGAUAGAGUAUGUGAAUGGAGGAGAUCUGAUGUUCCACAUGCAGAGACAAAGGAAGCUUCCAGAAGAACAUGCCAGGUUUUAUUCAGCUGAAAUCAGUUUGGCUCUGAAUUAUCUGCAUGAACGAGGGAUCAUCUACAGAGAUCUGAAACUGGAUAACGUGCUGCUGGAGUCAGAGGGACACAUCAAACUCACCGACUAUGGCAUGUGCAAGGAAGGUCUAAGACCUGGAGACACCACCAGUACUUUUUGUGGAACCCCAAAUUACAUCGCCCCUGAAAUCCUGAGAGGAGAGGACUAUGGGUUCAGUGUGGACUGGUGGGCUCUGGGUGUGCUGAUGUUUGAGAUGAUGGCAGGUAGAUCUCCGUUCGACAUCGUGGGCAGCUCUGAUAAUCCAGAUCAGAACACGGAGGAUUAUUUAUUCCAGGUGAUUUUGGAGAAGCAGAUCAGGAUUCCCAGGUCUCUAUCAGUGAAAGCAGCGAGUGUCUUAAAGGGAUUCCUUAACAAGGAACCAAAGGAGCGGUUGGGUUGCCACCCUCAGACAGGUUUUGCUGACAUCAUGGCUCAUCCUUUCUUCCGAAAUGUAGACUGGGAGCUGAUGGAACAGAAGCAGGUGGUUCCCCCCUUUAAGCCGAAUAUUUCGGGAGAGUUUGGACUGGAUAACUUUGACGCUCAGUUCACCAGCGAGCCCAUCCAGCUCACCCCUGAUGAUGAUGAUGUGGUGAAGAAGAUCGAUCAGUCGGAGUUUGAAGGUUUCGAGUACAUCAACCCCCUACUGAUGUCUGCUGAGGAGUGUGUGUAGCGUGUGUGUACACACACACACACAGUUACAUUAAAUGAUCAGUUUUGUGUGUUUGAGUUUCUGCAGCUCACGUUUUGUCAAAUCUUUUUUCCACACACUGUCUGCCUCUGAGAUCAGAUAUUAUUAAUCAGAUAUUAUAGUGUAUGUAAUUCCAGAGAGGCUCAGUCAGUAUCAGAUUUUCUUUCAAACACUGAAUCAGAUCCAGUCUCUUUGAGCUAGGUGUGUUCUGGUAAAAAAGGUUAAGUUAGAGGUUGAUUGAAGGUUUGGGUUGGAAAUGGGAUUGGAGUUAGUAGGGCUGAAGUUGAAUUGGAUGUUUUGGGUUAGUAAGUACCAGGAGAACCAUGUGAUAAAAGACUGGAUCAUUAAAUACUGGAGGAAUGAAAAGAACAGAAUCACUAAUCAAUCACUUUUAUUGAUUUAUUCCAUCACAUCAUUUCUAUACAAUUCAACACUGAUGACCAAAUACACACAAAUACAACGAUAUACAAAUACUCUACACACACACCAAAAAACACUACAUGUAAACACCAAAAACACACACAGUAUAUAUUAAUACUCACACUACACAUGUAUAACGACACUACCUGCUUUUAGAAACUUAUUUUUUAUUAUUAUUCCUAUGACAUGUUUCUCUCUGAUGAAGCUGGUAAAUGAAAAUAGUGUUGAAAUAAAAAGAGGGGAUUGUUAUAA